UUGUGGAAAGCAUCAGACAUCGGUUUCUCUUCAAGCAUUCCGAUUGCAAAUAAUCAUUACGAUAAUCACGAUGGCUAAAAUGUCACAGUUUUCUUUUGUAUCUUUUGCAUUAAUUGUAUUCGCUACAUGGGUUAAUGCUGAUAAUUGCUAUCCUGAUUCAUGCAAUGGACAAAUGCAUACUAUGUGUCUUUACCGAUCGCCCCAACCUGCUCCAACCUGUAAUGAAGUCCAAUCAGCCAAAUUAACUCCAGCCGAAGAACGAGAAAUUUUGGAUGCUCACAACAAACUCCGAGCUCUUGUAGCAGCUGGAAGAGAAACCCGUGGGAUCAGUGGACCUCAACCUGCUGGUAACAUUCCAAGUUUGAAAUGGGACCCAGAGCUGGCUAAAAUUGCACAAAGAUGGGCCAAUCAAUGUAGCUUUGGUCAUGACAAAUGCAGAAAUAUUCCAAAAUACAAUGUUGGACAGAAUGUUGCCACAAGAUCUCGCACUGAUGGCCACCGUGCUAAAUUGUCUGAGCUUGUUCAGGAUUGGUACGAAGAAGUUAAAGACUUUAGCAACCGAUCAGUCCCUAAAUUUCAAUGGCAAUCAUGGCCCCAAAUUGGUCAUUACACCCAACUUGUAUGGGGUAAAACCACUUCUGUUGGAUGUGGUGCUAUCAGGUAUAAGGAUUCUGAAGGAUGGUACACUACUUACUUGGUCUGUAACUAUGGUCCUAGUGGAAAUUGGAUUGGCGAACCAAUAUACCAAACAAGAUAUUAAAUUCAAACUUCUUUAAUCCUAGAUGUGCUCAUAGACAUAAGUAUUAUGAGGUAUAUAACGUCUAGGUAUUUGUAGACAUCUGGAAAAACUUGACUUUCUGAAAAUUUUAAAAAUAAUUUCUUCACCUGCCCAUCUUCAAUACUAUAAUUAUUUGUAUGAACAUAAAUAAAUAAAUAAAAAUAUUUGAUAAAUGAAAAAA